UAAGUCCAGCUGUACAAUGGGUGGUGGUUUAGCGAUGUUGUUUUCAUGUAACAGGACUCUGUCUGCAGCACUGCUGGAUCACUGCAGAGCACAGCUGUAAAGGGAAUGCCAGUCCAGGAGAAAAGGAGCUGCUUUCUUUUUCCUUUUAAAUAAUGGAGAAAGAUGUUAACGAGCCUAUAUUUUUGCAGAAGCUUGCUAUCAGCAGCACUAAAUCUAAGUCCAUGGCUUAUUCUCCAUCCUUUCAGCAACACUGCAUUAGGUCUUGGAUUAAAGAAAAUAUCAGGAAAAAAGAGUGCAAGUACUAUGUGGAAAACACAGAAGGAGCAUUCAUUGGAAAAGAAAUCUGUAAAUGUGGCUAUAGGAAGGCAUCUCAUUCUGAAGAAGCUGUUAAACAUGAAGAGUUCCUGGGUGAAACGUGGGACCUAAAAAGGCAUGUCAGUGAAGAACCUACUGAUGCAUACGGGGACAUCACCUUCACUGGCUUAGGGCAUAACGUUGGCAAGUUUGUGCGGGUCUCCUCAGACACUAAACCGGACACUCUGUACAAGCUGAUGAGAGACCACUGGGGGCUCAGCGUUCCCAACCUGCUGAUCUCAGUCACUGGAGGAGCCAAGAACUUCCACAUGAAGCCCAGGCUGAAGAACAUGUUUCGCAGAGGGCUCAUCAAGGUGGCCCGCUCCACAGGUGCGUGGAUUGUGACGGGGGGCUCCCAUGCUGGAGUAAUGAAGCACGUCGGAGAGGCUGUUCGAGACUAUACCAUGAGCAGCAGCUCCAAGGAAGGGAAGAUUGUGGCAAUUGGCAUAGCAACCUGGGGGAUUGUACACAACCGUAAAUGUCUGGUCAGCAGUGAGGGGAAGUUUCCUGCCGAGUACACCCUGGAUGAGGAGAGUCAAGGCAGGCUGUCCUGUCUGGAUACAAACCACUCCCACUUCAUCCUGGUAGACAAUGGCACCCACGGAACAUACGGUGUGGAGAUCGCACUGAGGGGCAAGCUGGAGAAAUUCAUCUGUGAACAGACCCUGGGAAGCACAGACAAUGGAAUAAAAAUCCCUGUUGUCUGUGUAGUGCUGGAGGGAGGACCUGGCACAUUAGACACUAUCUACAGUGCCAUGAUGAACGGCACCCCAUGUGUAGUGAUGGAGGGGUCGGGGCGUGUGGCAGAUGUGAUUGCUCAGGUGGCAAACCUGCCUCUCUCUGAGAUCACAAUUUCACACAUCCAGAAACAACUGAAGACAUACUUUGCUGAGGACUUCAAAACCUUUUCUGAUGUCAAAAUCUUGGACUGGACUAAGAAGAUUCAGGACAUAGUGAGAAUGCAGCAGCUUUUGACUGUUUUCCGGCUAGAGAAAGAAGACCAGAAUGAUGUGGAUGUAGCCAUCCUCCAGGCACUUUUGAAAGCUUCUAAAAGCCUUGAUAAUCAAGGUAACGAGAACUGGGAUCACCAGCUCAAGCUGGCUGUAGCCUGGAACAGAGUGGACAUUGCCAAGAGUGAGAUUUUCACAGAUGACAAGCAGUGGAAGUCCAUAGACCUGAGUGAUGUGAUGCUGGCGGCGCUGCUGGGAAACAAGCCUGACUUUGUGAAGCUGUUCCUUGACAAUGGGGUGCCCCUGAAGGAGUUCCUGACUGAGAAGAGGCUGCUGGCGCUCUACAACAACCUUCCGCCCAGCAGCCUGUGCCUUAGUAGGAUCCUGAAGAAGCAGGAGGAGAAGCUCUACGUGAAGAAGCCCAGCUGGAGCAUCCAGUUGUACCAUGUGUCCGAUGUGCUCUGCGACCUGCUGGGUGGCAUCACCAAGCCCCUCUAUCCAAGGCCCAGGGGCAUAUCAACGCAUUCAGUGCCAAUACCACAGAUCAAGAUAAACCUUGGAUCAAAUGACCUGGAGAGUUUUCGGAAUUCAAUCCCCAUUGACGCCAAAGGCUCAAUAGUUGAAGAGGAAGAGCUUGAUCCCACCAGAGACCUCUUCAUUUGGGCAAUUUUAGAUAACAGGAAAGAGAUAGCUGACAUUAUCUGGCAACAGAGCCAGGAUUGCAUUGCCGCAGCCCUGGCAGCCAGCAAGAUCCUGAAGGAACUAGCCAAAGAGGAGGAGGACACAGACCUGUCAGAGGACACAGGAGCUCUUGCAGAGCAAUAUGAGAAACAAGCCAUUGGGGUGUUUACAGAGUGCCAUCGGAGAGAUGAACUUCGUGCCCAAAAACUGCUGACCCGGGAGUCAGGGGCCUGGGGGGACACGACCUGCCUGCGUCUGGCUCUGGAGGCUGACAACAAAAACUUUGUGGCACAAGGAGGAGUCCAGACCCUUCUUACACAGAUCUGGUGGGGAGAGCUGGCGGUGGACACCAGGAUGUGGAAGGUGUUGUUAUGCAUGUUUAUCUUUCCUCUCAUCUACACUGGCCUCAUCACAUUCAGACGGGACGAGGAGAUCAAAAAGAGAAACCCUGAAAGAGACAUUAUGGACAGCAAUGACUCUGUGGCACUGAGCUCCACUGACAAAAAUCUGCAAUCCCGAUCUUGGGGACGCUCUGAGGAGAUCCUGAAGCCACUGACACGUUGCAGCCGCCUCACAGGUUUCUACAGCUCUCCCUCGGUCGUCUUCUACUGGAACGUCCUGUCCUACUUCGGGUUCCUCUGGCUGUUUGCCUAUGUGUUGAUGAUCGAUUUCCAGGUCAAGCCAUCGUGGAAGGAGAUACUGCUCUACAUCUGGCUCUUUACUAUGGUUUGUGAGGAGAUUAGGCAGUUUGUUCAUGAUCCAGAUGGAUUUGGGUUUCGUAGGAAGGCAGUCAAUUACUUCAGUGACCCAUGGAACCAGUUUGAUGUGGUUUCGAUUUGUUUCUUCAUAGCUGGACUAGCAUGCAGGUUGACCACCACUGCUUUCUAUGAGGGUCGGAUCAUUCUUGCCCUUGAUUUUAACAUUUGGUGCCUGCGCCUGAUGGCCAUCUUUACAGUCAACAAAAAUCUUGGACCAAAGAUUAUCAUAGUGAGAAGAAUGAUGAAGGAUAUCUUCUUCUUCCUGUUUUUGCUGGCGGUUUGGGUGGUGGCGUAUGGAGUUGCCAACCAAGCCAUCCUGAUCCACAAUGAGGAGCGCCUGGACUGGAUCUUCCGGGGUGCUGUCUACGAACCAUACCUCACCAUAUUUGGCCAGAUACCGUCAAAAAUUGAUAAUACUGAUUUUGACAUCAGUCAGUGUACUGUAAAUGGCACUGACCCUCUGAAACCAAAGUGCCCAAUUCUCGGUGCCGAUAACCAGCCUGCUUUCCCACAGUGGAUCACCAUCAUUUUGCUCUGCAUUUACCUGCUUUUUGCAAACAUAUUGCUACUCAACCUUCUGAUCGCAAUGUUCAACUACACAUUCCAAGAUGUCCAGGACAAUACAGACAAGAUCUGGAAGUUCCAGCGUUAUGGCCUGAUUGUGGAGUACUACAGCCAGCCCCUAUUCCCGCCCCCUUUGAUCAUCUUUAGUCACCUCCACUUGCUCAUAGAGCACAUCUUCUGCAAACCUAAGACUCGCAAGCAGUUCAAGGAGAAGUUGCCAGGGAAUGAAGAAACUGGGCUGCUUUCAUGGGAGUCUUUCAUGAAAGAAAACUAUCUGACAGACCUGCAUAACGAACUGAAUAAGAGCAGUGAUAACAAGAUACGGGACACUUCAGAAAAAGUUGGCAUGAUAGUGGAUUUUUUGGAAAGAGACAAGGAAAGACAAUGUGGUAUUGUAGAGAAGAGACUGGCCCAUCUCGAAGAACAGGCGUUUCAGUCUGCUAAAGCUUUAAACUGGAUUAUGAAUGCUCUAAAGAAUAAAGGUUAUGGUUAUCAAGACGAAGUGCCACUAAUUUCAUCCAACAGUAAAAGCAUCGAUGCAGCAGACAUGAACUCCACAGAGGAGAGUGAGGAUGGAAAACCUCAGUAUCACCUCAAUGCUCGACAGCUCCUCUAUCCUGCUUCCAGUGUGAAACGCUUCCCAGUUCCGGAUGAGAAAGUACCUUGGGAGGUACAGUUUGAUGCAUACAAUCCUACAGUUUAUAAUUCAGAUAGUGUAUCAACAGUAAACAGUGAGAUUCACAAUGAAUCUUCUGACGUUGCCUCCACAGCGAACUGCAAAAACCCAGUGGGGAGGACUGGUUUGGAAGGAAGGGGCAAGUUAUACUGGCUGGGACCCAAUCGUGCCCUGGACCCAAUCAUUACACGCUGGAAGAGGAGCACGGAUAACUCUGUUUCCAAGACAGGCACAAAGAAAGUUUUGGAAUUCAUUGCCAUCAAGCGCAAAGAAUUUGAGCUUUGGGCCUUUCCAGGGGGAGUGCUUCAGCUGGGUGAGACUUUACCAAAAAGACUGAAGCAGCUGCUAAACACCAAGCUACAGGAAGAGGUCCAGAGCAUGCUGGGGGCCGCCACCAAGGUUUAUGAGGGAUAUGUUGAUGACCCAAGGAACACAGAUAAUGCAUGGGUUGAGACUACUGCAAUCAAUAUACACUUUGAUAAUACCAAGCACUCAGUGCUUGAAUAUUUAAAUACAAUGUGUCUACAAGACUCCAAUACAGACAUAUCUGUCAGAUGGCAGGUAGUGGAUCAAAAGAUCCCUCUGUAUGGAAACCACAAAGACAUUCUGCAGAAAGUUGCUCAAAUCCAUAAUGCGCAUUACUGACGCACAUGACUCACACUGCUGAAAAGUUUGGUCUUAUGAGCUUAAAAAUACCCUUUGUUUAAGUUAAAUGUAACAUGCAGUACGAAAAGGAAUGUCAUUUAAGAGUAAAAUAUACAUAGGAAACAGGUGGUUAUUUUUUCCUUACUUAAUUCCUUACUACAAAACAAUGGAAAAUAUGGUCCAAUAGGAAAUAUAUAAAGAAAUG